AUGACGAGUAAACGUAGACAGCGCAAGAAACGUAAAGACUCAGUUUCCGAAGAAUUAACAAGCGAUACCGGAACUGAUGUAACUGACAUUGCUGAUUUAUCAAUUACAACGACAACAACUUCACCAAAUUCUGAUUCAUCUAAAUCUUUUAGAAAAACAUCUGAAACUUUACGUAGACGUAAAUAUCGUAAAGAGAAUAACACAUCUGAAACAGCUGAAGAAAUUUUGAAUACUACUUACUUUCUAAAACAUGAAGAAGACAGGCCUUUUCUUACAAAGAAACGUGUCGUUUUUACUGCUGGUAUCAUUCUUGGACUUGCCAUUGCGUGGUUAAUGGGACAAAGAAGGACUGAGAUUUCCAAUUAUAUCUCAGUUGCUUUUUCGGACUUGGAUUUUGCUAGCAUUUUACCGGCAAAUAUUCUUGUGGAUGAGCUACUGGGUAAUAUUACUUUAUUUCUCAAGCCGAAUAUAACACUCUUGGAAGAUAAGGAAUUUUAUCCCGCUCUGGAUUUGAUUGGUGAGGGAAUUAAAUCACAUCAUCCGGUUGUUUUGAUUCCUGGAAUUGUCUCAACAGGGUUAGAAAGUUGGAGCACGUCUAAUUGCUCACGACCUUAUUUUCGAAAGCGAAUGUGGGGAACAACAACUAUGUUCCGUGCUGUAUUAUUGGAUAAAGAGUGCUGGACUGAAAACAUGAAACUUGAUCCUGUCACUGGUUUGGAUCCUCCCAACUUUAAAUUGCGAGCUGCGCAAGGCCUGGAUGCAGCUGAUUAUUUGUUCCCUGGGUAUUGGGUAUGGGGUAAAAUGAUUCAAAACUUUGCAGCAAUCGGUUAUGAUAAUAAUAAUAUGCAUCUUGCAGCUUAUGAUUGGAGACUCUCAUUCUAUAAUCUUGAAGUUAGGGAUCAAUAUUUCUCCAAGCUAAAAGCGACUCUUGAGCUGGCCAAAAAAAUUGACGGAAGGAAAAGUGUGGUAGUUGGUCAUUCAAUGGGAGGAAAUGGAGGUCCAAAUUGGGUGAAUGAAUAUAUAGAAGCAUUUGUUAAUAUAGGAGGACCAUUGUUGGGCUUACCUAAAGCUUUGUCGGCAUUACUUUCAGGUGAAAUGCGUGACACUGUUGAAUUAGGGUCCUUUGGAAUUUAUGUGCUUGAACGUUUCUUUUCAAAGUUCGAACGCGCUGGCCUGUUUCGCACGUGGGGAGGUCUUUCUUCGAUGUUACCUAAAGGCGGUGAAGAAGUCUGGGGUACAAAACAUGAAGCACCUGAUGAUCGUAAUGAUAUUGAUGAGACAUAUGGUUCCAUGUUAACAAUACGAUCGUUAAUAAAAAAGAAAGAGAAUACUAGUAGUACAAAUGCUAAUAAAACCCAUAAGUCAGAGAAAAUAAAACAUCACUCGUGCAAAUCUGGUGUAAACCUUUUACUAAAGUCUACAACUAAUUUUAGUGAAAUGUUGACAAGGAAUUAUAGUUUCGGGAUAGCCACUAGUGAAGAAGAAAUGCAAAAUACGAAAGAGGAUCGUACCAAAUGGACAAAUGUAUUAGAGUCACAGUUACCUAAUGCACCUAAUAUGACGAUAUAUUGUUUAUAUGGAUAUGGAAAAGAAACUGAAAGAAAAUAUUAUUAUUCACAUGAACAAGAAGAUGAUAAUGAUGAAGACGACGACUUUGGCGCUGAUGGUGACGUGAAUCGAUUCAGAAAGAAAGUUACAAGUUUUUUAAAAAAUAUGUUUAUCGAUAGUUCAAUGAAUUCCGAAACAGACCCCAAAAUAAAAAGUGGUGUACAUAAUGGCGAAGGAGAUGGUACGGUGCCAUUACUUUCUUUAGGAUAUAUGUGUACUAAAGGAUGGGAAAAUCCCUUAUAUAAUCCAGCAAGAAUUAAGAUAAUUACACGAGAAUUUCAACACGAGGUGGGACCAGCUUUUGAUUUGCGUGGCGGAGCAAAAACAUCGGAUCAUGUUGAUAUACUUGGAAAUUACGAACUCACGGGUGGAGAACUUGAUGAUCGUAUAACCUCGGCUAUUCGGGAAUACUCCGCCAAAGUUAAAAUAUAA